AUGUUAACUGCGUUACAAUCAAGCAGAAGUAAUAGUUCAACGGAAAUGUUUUCUUCAGCUGAUAAAGGUUUAUUGGAGUCGAAUAAAGCGAGAUCCGAUGUGACUCAUGAUAUUGUUCAUUCUCAUCGAGUCGAACAGUCAAUUGAGGAUGGAACGCGAACGUUUGAUGGUCGUAAAAGUCUGAUAGUGUCAAAUGUACACAAACAAGCGUGUCAAUUUGCCAAUGUGCUCACAGGAAUGGAGUUCAGUUUAUCUUCUCCCAAUACUUUGUAA